UGUUCAUGCGUUUUUGACAGGGCAAAUAAGAACGCCUGGGAUUAUGCUAUUCUAUUAAUCAAUGAUCUGCAACCCCCUUCCUCCCCUCGCUCCCCCGACUUCCCUUGGUACUGUACAUAUUCUCCGACGUGCAACGUGUGAUGGGAUUUAGUUGACAUACUACUACUACACUACUAUCGAUUAGUGUGCCACCGAACACUUCAACCGGCCUGACACACCACCAACACCUUCGCACGACAUUGGACAGCGAAUCCAAUCCCCUCCCCUUGCUCGUUUCUUCUUCUUUCCCUGUCCACCGUGUCGUCGCAUGCUGGUGGACCGAAAGUGGCACGCAUCGCUUCUGCGACCAGUGCCUCAGCCGAAGAUCUCGACGUGACCACUCGUCCCCGCUUAUCUGCCCAGGAUAUCGAGCUCGUGGACUACCCUGUCCCACCCUCCACUUCCACAAGGGCCCGUCAGUCGCACAUCGGAUCUCAGGGAUUUCGUUCUCAACCGAUUGACAAUCCCCAAUUACUCGAUCGUACGUCUCAAUCUGGAACGCCCGAGCGUCCGGAUCGAAGGCCCCGCCAAGCUCGUCAGCACAUCCAGUGGGACAAGCCAAUUCGGCUCAAGUAUUGGGUAGAAGCGCUUCAUCGUCGUUCACGAUUUUUGGAAACCCAGUCCAAAAUGAAGUUCUCGCAUAGUAUCCAAUUCAAUGCGGUUCCGGAAUGGAGCUCGUAUUAUAUCGCGUACAGCAACCUCAAGAAGUUGAUAUACUCUCUGGAACAGCAAGUCCGCAAAGCGAGUGGACAGGCUCAGGCUGAUAUUGAGUCGGCUCCUUUGCUAGAUAGUACCCCGAACACAGAUGCGAUUUUUCGAAAAGCCCUAGAUGCAGAGCUGGAGAAGAUAUGCUCCUUCUACAAGGACAAAGAGUUAGAGAUCCUCAAGGAAGCCGAAGAGGUUGUCAGAGAUGCAGAGGAGUAUGCUUCGGAGGCCGAUAGGGUCAAUGUGGACCCAAUGAGCGAGCACAUGACCAAGGCCAGGACAAUGAGUUCCGGUUCUCGGUGGCGUUCUGGCAUCGGGUAUCAUGAUUUCCCACUGGCCCGGGAUCGGCGCCGUAGCAGUGUUAGCGAGUCCAUCGCGGAGGAUGACGAUGAUGCCGAUAGUGACGACGAACAUCUGUCGGCCCAGAACGGAAGGCGCCCAUCGCACGGCGCCGACUCUGCUAACGCUGAUGAUGGCCGCACGGACUACAUGGGAGACUCCGGGUAUUUGGGGGAUUCCAGGCUUUGGAGAUCUAACAGGGCUCAGGUUGAGCAUUUUGGAGAUCCGAAAGUCUUGGACUUGUACAAUUCCGGCCUUUCUCUUAAGAAACGCGCAGUCGACGCAUACGUCUCACUUUGUGGGCUGAAGUCGUAUAUCCAGCUGAAUAAGACCGGUUUUUCAAAGGCUCUGAAGAAGUACGAUAAGACCCUAGACCGGAGCUUACGACGGGAGUACAUGAACUCGACCGUCGCUUUGGCAUCCCCUUUCACAGACUCUACCAUGGCCAAGGUGGAAGCCGAUAUCCGUAAGAUCGAAAGUGUUUAUGCGGAUGUCGUCACGGCCGGCGAUUUAUCCCUAGCAGGGCGUGAGCUUCGGCUACACUUGAGGGAACAUGUCGUCUGGGAGAGGAACACUGUCUGGAGGGAAAUGAUCGGUAUUGAAAGGAAAGCGCAAGCCGCAAACGUCGGUAUACGCAGAACAAUCCUGGGCGGGGAUGAGGAUCCCGCAGCUGCGCGACGACAGGGCGAUGAGCAAGAGAUUUCGCCCACCGAAUUUAGAACUCCGCUGGGCGUUUUUCACCCUCCCCAGUGGCUAUGUAGCUUGAGCUUUGGGACCCUCGUCUUCAUCGUAGCUAUCUUUGUGACAUUACUCUCAGUUCCAAUAAUGGAAAAGCCGGAACAACAAAACUGUUUGGCUAUGCUUAUUUUCGUCAGCUUGCUAUGGGCCACGGAGGUCAUCCCUCUCUUUGUAACAUCUCUCCUGAUCCCGUUCCUUGUUGUUCUCCUCCGCAUCAUGAAAUCGGAAGACAAGCCUUACAAGCGCCUGGGACCUAAAGAAGCCACCAGUGCUGCAUUCAGCGCUAUGUGGACUCCGGUGAUAAUGCUCUUGCUUGGUGGGUUUACUAUCGCUGCAGCCUUGUCCAAAUACGACAUUGCUCGUCGGAUGGCAAUGUUCGUUCUGAGCAAAGCUGGGUCCAGCCCCCACGUGGUCCUUCUCACGAACAUGUUCGUGAGUAUGUUUCUAAGCAUGUGGAUCAGCAAUGUGGCUUCACCCGUUCUCUGUUAUUCGAUCAUUCAGCCGUUGCUUCGAAAUCUCUCCCCGGAUUCAAACUUCGCCAAAGCUCUCGUGUUGGGUAUUGCUCUGGCUGCGAAUGUCGGAGGUGCGGCUUCUCCAAUCGCGUCGCCGCAAAAUAUAAUUGCACUUCAAAACAUGUAUCCAAGUAUCAGCUGGGGUACAUGGUUCUUUGUUUCACUUCCAGUCUGUAUUAUCUCCAUACUGUUAAUAUGGGCUCUUUUAGUCUUCACUUUUCACCCCGGCCGUGGCACCGCGCUCGUCCCCAUCCGGCCCGUCAAAGACAAGUUCUCCGGGGUUCAAUGGUUCAUCAGCAUUGUGACUCUGUCCACUAUUGCCUUGUGGUGUGGUAGCCAUCAGCUUGAGCACAUAUUCGGUGAUAUGGGUGUAAUAGCCAUCAUUCCGAUGGUCCUUUUCUUUGGAACUGGCAUUCUCAACAAGGAAGAUUUCAACAACUUCCUCUGGACCAUCAUCAUCCUGGCAGCCGGUGGCCUCUGUCUGGGGAAAGCCGUUACAUCGUCCGGUUUGUUACACACUCUUGCGAAUAGCAUCACCGCCCGCGUGGAACACCUCAGUCUCUACGGUGUACUUAUUGUGUUUUCCGUCUUGAUACUGAUUAUGGCCACAUUCAUCUCCCACACCGUUGCGGCACUUAUCAUUCUCCCUCUUGUCCGACAGAUCGGAGUUGGCAUGGAAGAUCCCCACCCCAACCUUCUAGUGAUGGCUAGCGCCCUGAUGUGCUCUGUAGCCAUGGCUUUGCCGACAAGUGGCUUCCCUAAUAUGACCGCCAUCAUGACCGAAGUCCCUCAAACCGGCCAAAGAUACCUCCAAGUUCGCCACUUUUUCUCCAGGGGUAUUCCUGCCAGUUUGAUGGCAUGGGCUGUCAUCGUCACCCUCGGUUAUGCUCUCAUGUAUAUAGCUGGGCUAUGAUCUGAGCUCUGGUUCAUCUCUGAAUUUCUUUUGGUCCAUUUAUGAGCGACUAAGAAAUGAUGCAUAUUGUACUCAUUGGUGGAAAUUAUCUAGUAUAUUUGUUUUACGAUUUAUGUUAUAGUUAGGGCUCGCUGUCAUCGGGUGAGUAGAUGGGAUACAAAUAGAACGUUAGAAGGGGGAUAAUUUUUUGAGUAUAUAUUGAUAUAUAGCUGGAUUUGCUGUUCACGCUGGUUUCUCGAUUUCUUGUCUGUCUUUUUUCCCUUUUACCCAAGAUGAUGCAUAAGAGAUUGAGGAUACCGAAAACAUUACGCA